AGGCAGAACGACACUCAGACGGUCAAUACAGUCCAACUCUCUUACAGGACGGAACUCACUGCUGGACGUGUAUGAAUACCGGUAAGCAGCAGAAGCCAGUGCUCACAGGCCAGAGGUUUAAGACCAGGAAAAGGGAUGAAAAGGAGAAAUUUGAGCCAACGGUUUUUCGAGACACGAUUGUUGUGGGCCUUAAUGAAGCCGGUGGCGAUCUGGAUGCUGUCGCCAAGUUUCUAGAUAUCACAGGGUCGCGACUGGACUACAGACGCUAUGCCGACACUCUGUUUGACAUCCUCAUCGCAGGAAGCAUGCUUGCUCCUGGAGGGACUCGUAUUGAUGAGGGCGACAAGACCAAGGUGACGGCGUACUGCGUGUUCACGACUGAGGAAAGCCACGCUGCUCUACGCCAAUAUGCUCAGGUUUUCAAUAAGCUCAUCAGGAGAUACAAAUAUCUGGAGAAGGCCUUUGAGGAAGAAAUCAAAAAGCUGCUGCUCUUCCUGAAGGCCUUCAGUGAGUCAGAGCAGACCAAGCUAGCCAUACUGACUGGCAUCCUGCUGGCCAACAGCACGCUACCACCUCCCAUCAUCACCAGUCUCUUCACUGAAAGUGUUGUUAAAGAAGGAAUCUCUGCAUCGUUUGCUGUGAAGAUGUUCAAAGCAUGGAUCGCAGAGAAAGACGCUAAUUCAGUCACCUCAUCUUUGAGGAAGGCAAACCUGGAUAAAAGACUGCUGGAGCUGUUUCCUGCCAGUAAGCAGAACGUGGAGCAUUUCUCUAAGUACUUCAAUGAAGCCGGGCUCAAGGAGCUGUCAGACUUCCUACAUGUGCAGCAGAGCCUGGGAACCCGCAAGGAGCUGCAGAGAGAACUGCAGGAACGUCUGUCCCAGCACUGUCCCAUCAGAGAGAUGGUGGUGUAUGUGAAGGAGGAGAUGAAGAGGAACGAGCUACAGGAGCACGCCGUGAUUGGCUUGUUGUGGACGUGCCUUAUGAACGCUGUGGAGUGGAACAAGAAGGAGGAGCUGGUCACGGAGCAGGCACUCAAACACCUCAAAUACUAUGCUCCUCUGCUGGCAGUGUUCAGCACUCAGGGUCAGUCUGAGCUGGUGCUGCUGCUGAAGAUCCAGGAGUACUGCUACGACAACAUCCAUUUCAUGAAGUCCUUCUCCAAGAUCGUGGUGCUGUUCUACAAAGCUGACGUCCUGAGUGAGGAGGCCAUCUUGAAGUGGUACAAAGACGCCCACUCUGCUAAAGGGAAGAGCGUCUUCUUAGAGCAGAUGAAGAAGUUUGUGGAGUGGCUCCAGAACGCCGAAGAAGAGUCGGAGUCAGAGGGGGAGGAGGGCUAAAGAAGGAGCAGCUAGAGAUCCCACAGUCUGCAUCCUGAGUCCGGAAUGACAAUGGAUCAACCAGUUAACACGUAGUGUAGAUUCCACCUGGGCUGAGAUGGAGGCCCUCCAACCACAACAAACCCCCCCAGACCCCGUGAAGUAGCUGAGCACCGUUAGAUAACCAGGAAGUGUCUGAACACUGGACCAGGAGUCAGUCCUACACAUGUAGGUGGCCUUACUGAUGUCCAUCCACCACCACGAACUCUCAUCUUU